AUGUUGCGCCCCAUUACGCAUCAUCGAAAUACUAUUCCCUGCGUCGAAAACAAGAUGUCGGUUCUGUCUGCCCUUACCAGAGUCGGACUUGCGCCACUCAACACAUUCAUCAACCCCCCGUUCCCGAUGCAGCAGGCUAUGAUGAUCUGGAAGGCCUGUACGGCAACCGACCCCAUCCAAAUGGACGAAGAUGAUCGCGCAGCAAGAGCUUCCAUCCACGGCAAAAACCUCACGCCAAUUAUGGUCGUUGCAAGCAUCGCGCCUAUUGAGGCCACCACAUCGGAGAUCCCAGCCCCUACCCAGCUGGUCGUGACUCCAGUGACCACUAUCGCUGCGUUCGAAUUUCUCGAGAAUCAAGGUAUGUCGUCCCUUAAACCUGAGACAUACCUGCUUCCAGUUGUGGCUAAUGCUGACAUAUUGAAAGUAUCCAAUGAGCAAGUCAAUGAAAACGCGGUCACUGCCGUUCAGACGGUUGUUGAUUAUGAGCCCAUCCAGGCCACUCCUUCCGGUAACGCCGAGUCAAAGAACAAAGCCGCCCAUAUCAGGACCGACUCUGCGAGCUCUACGUCCUCGGCCACAUCCAAUGUCUCCACACAGACAAGUGACAGCAACUGGUCCCAUUCGACAUCGUCAACCGCAAUCUCCGAAAUCUCCAACAUCCAAGAGACUGGAGAUUGCCUGAAGAAACAAGAAAGCGUCGAACAUCCCAUCACCAUGGAUAAUAACAUCCACGUACUUGCUGUGGUAGUUCCGCCUCCUAUCGAAGAGGCUGUGACUUCUGACACCGGUACUACCACCGUUCACCAACGAGAAGAACCUUCGGACAACGAGGGAGAAUCCGUCUUUGAUCUCAUGGCUCAGGCUGGUGUUGAUGAAGAUCAGAUCACCGAUACCGAGUGGAAUGAGAUCAUGAUGUAUGAAGCCAUCCGACAACGUCGACAAAAGCGUGGUCCAAAGAUGCACUGUCGGGAGAUCUUCAUCGACUUGCCUCCUACCUCCCCAUCAAACUGGCAGCCGGGCUUCGAUACCUCUCAUGACUGGAAUGAGGCGGUGAAGAGCAUGAGCGGCCAACAUGACAACGAAGAAUACAGCAGCAUUCACCUGGAUACCCUCCCUCCUUUCGCUGUGGAGAUCGAAACAGCCAUUCGGUCAAAGAAGGGUCACCAAGUUGAGGGGCCGUCCGGCUUGAUUGCCGCCGAUAAAACACCGAGGAAAUUCAAGAUCCGUUCCGCGCAAAAGGUUGCAGCCUCAUCGCCUGGUGUUCCUGUCCGGAUGUUCCAGAUUGGUGGCAAAAAGAGGCAGGAACGUACUGCCAACGUCCGCCAGUCAAUGGCCGUGCAGCAUAAGGUCAUUCCCCGAAUCAUUGUCACCCAGCCCAGCGAGCCAUCAACCGACCUUGUCGACCACCCCAAGACUGAUCACCAUCAGGCAAACACAUCACUUCUCGAGGUUCCCUCUCAGCAGAACGGCUUCAAUGCUUCUACCCGUAGCCUCCAGGCACCCUUGGCAUCUGAGUUGGACUUGAAGAAAGGCAACUUCGCCCCCUCUUCUUCUCACGGAAAAGAGGAAUGGUUGAACAAAUGGGCCGAGAAGGGAUCAUCGAGCCGUAGGAGGGCCGGAGUGAGGGACAAUGGCGUCCCGGAAGUAAAGGAAUUGAUGCGAGUUGAAGACGGCAGAGUCUUCUUGCCUGCAAUCACCACCAAGACCCCUCGGGCGCGCCGCCUCAAUUGUUUUGGGGAGGACUAUUGCCUCAAUACGCCGAAGUGGCCUGUCUCGGAGUCAUCAGGACUGGAUAAGUGGCGUGAGGAAGACGACGAGAUGUUUGAGCUGUUGGAUGAAAAGGAUGACGUGAACGGAACGAACAGUCAGCUGAAGGAAAACUCCAACCGUACCACUCAGGGGUCGUACCAGCACAGUCGCUGUGAUGUCACUCAUCAUUCUGGCGAGCUUGAUGGUUGGGAUAAUGCAGGGAAGGAGAAGGCGGGUGCCUACCAGGAUGGGAUGGUCACCCAAGCCGGCAAUACCAACAAAAACACCGAUUCUACUACCGACAUUUCACCGGAAAGCAACAACAAACUGAACCAGGCCGCUAUUGUUGCCGACAUGUGCCAGAAGUGGGGUCCCGACCGCUUUGACAGGUGGUGUGAAGAAUAUGCCACUCCCAUCUCGGAAACUAUAUGGAACGAGGCCAGCACAGACCUCGAAGAGUUCUCGGGAGUUCAAAGCGAGCCGGCUUCGGCCCAGGAUCCGGAAGAAGAUGGAGUUGUCCUUACUCCCCGAUGCCACUCCUUCCCGUAUCCCGAUCCUCCCAAACGGUAUCUCCGAACUCGCCGCAGCAUGCAAGCCACCCAGUGCAAGGAUGAGGAUGUGGCGAGGCCGCGCUUGAUGCGCUUAUGGCUGGAUCGCUGGACCGAGAGCCGUGACACCAUGUGCUACGACAGCGACUUCCUCGACUUUGAGGAAGGCGAGUAG